UUCCCGGUCCGGUGAGUGUAUCUGGAGUGGGCGGGGCCUGUAGCGCGUCACGGGAGGCAUGGCGCUUUAUAGUCGGUGUGGGGCAGCGCGCGCGGCGAAGAGUCAGUCGAAGGUUCGGCUGCGCGCGACAGAAAGAGAGACAGAGCGGUACCGCCAGCGCGCGCCCUCCGUACCGUCCUCGCGGAGCCGGACUGCGCGCGCUCCCGCUGAUUCACUGCAGGUAAGCUGUAGACUGGGUGUGUGAGUUACGCUUGGUGUGAGUUUAUAUCCUGUCCUGAAUGAAGAGUCCGGAAGUUCAGGGUCAGUCAGUCUGAAGGCGUCUGGCGGGAGGACUGUCCUGAUGGCGGUCGCUCUGUUCGCCCUGCUGCUGUUCCUGUCCCACACUCCCCUCGUCCCGUCCCGGCCGACGCCUGUCCCCUCAGACCCCACGUCCCCGUCGUCAUCACUAUCUUCACUGUCCUCGCCCUGCAAGCCCAAGAACAGCUCCCGCCGCCUGCCGGACAUCAUCAUCAUCGGCGUGAGGAAGGGCGGGACUCGGGCGCUGAUCGAGAUGCUGAGUCUGAACGAUGGCGUCGCCGCCGCCGACAGCGAGGUUCACUUCUUCGACUGGGAGUCGCACUUCCAGCGGGGGCUGAGCUGGUACGCCUCGCAGAUGCCCUGCUCCCGGCGGGGGCAGCUCACGGUGGAGAAGACGCCGGCGUAUUUCACCUCCGCUAAAGUACCGGACAGGGUUCUGCAGAUGAACCCGAGCGUCCGGCUCCUCCUGAUCGUCCGGGACCCCGUGGAGCGCGUCCUGUCCGACUACACCCAGGUCUUCCACAACCACCUGCAGAAACACAAGCAGCCGCAGCCCAUCGAGACGCUGCUGCUGCAGGACGACGGCCGGCUGAACCUGUCCUACAAAGCCCUGAACCGCAGCCUCUACCACACCCACAUGCAGCGGUGGCUCGACGCCUUCCCCCGGCAGAGCUUCCACGUGGUGAACGGAGACGCGCUGAUCCGGGAGCCUCUGGAGGAGAUGCGGAAAGUGGAGAACUUCCUGCAUCUAGAGCCACAAAUCAGCACUGAGAACUUCUACUUCAACAGAACUAAAGGGUUCUACUGCCUGCGGGACCGGCAGGGGUCCGAGCGCUGCCUGCACAGCUCGAAGGGUCGGGCGCAUCCUCAGGUCGCACCCGAGAUCCUGCAGAAACUUCGGGAAUACUUUCACCAACCCAACCAGAACUUCUUUCAGCUGGUGGGAAGGACGUUUGACUGGAAUCGAGCUAGCGAGGAUCGGCUAGAUACAAGAACAGAGUAAAAUACUGAAUAGGAAAAGAAUAGGUAUAAAGGAAGCAUUAGCAUGUUGAUUAGCAUGCUUUAGCUAAGAAUGUUCAGCGCUCAGAACGCUGCGAGACUUAAACUCUUGGAAAAAAGAACCUUUCAGUGGAACAUGAGUAGCUAGGAAAUGUGCUAAAGUGGUAACAUGUAGGCUUCUGUUACUUGUUAGCUGCUAUGCUAUUCGUUGCUUCGUGGUUCCGGUGCAGAACUGAUCCAGUUUAGAAAUCCAUCUGCAUGUGGAUUAGCAGACUAGCAUGGAGUUUAGCUCCUACAGAAGCAGAGUGAGCUAAACAAGUUCUACAGACGUGUGGAAGGACUGUUCAACCAGAACCAGGCAUGCUAGCACAGGCUGGUAUCAUGCUAAUUGAAGAACAGAACUAAAGAAGGUUAGAACUGGAUAUGCUUAGCAUUAGCAUUGAUAAACUCAACUCAGAAAUGAUGAACCAGAAAAAGUAUAUCAUCAAAAGUAUUGGUACAGCUGCUGCUUUAUAGUUUCUUCUGAAAUUGAGGUUAUUAUAAAGAGUUUAUGUUGCUUUUGUUGGAGUAACUGUUGGAGUUACUGUUGGAGUAACUUUAUAACCAAAAAAGCAUAGUGAGCUCCAUCAUUCCAGAGAACACAGUUCUUCCACUGAUCCACAGAUCAAUACUGAGGGUUUGUACCCCUCUAUAACCCACAAAAUAAGGUUAUUCAAGAAUGUAUGUUAUAUAUAUAUAUUUAACAGAAUAUAUGCUGUGACCUACAUAAGUCCUUUAUUUAAAACUCCAGCAUGAUUCAUCGAUAAAGUGUGGUUUAGAGUCAGGCUGGGGGUUUGAGUGGAAAUUCUGCUUCAUUGCUGAGAAACUACUUCAGGUUUUUACAGUGGUGGUGAAUUCCAGUACUAUCUGAACCCACCAGUGAUCUACAUCAGUAUUUAUAUGAACUAAUACAGUUUUCUUUAGGGACUACUUUCUGCCACACUACACCCGGCAGCAUAAAUGUAUCCCUCCACUGUUUUAAUGAUAUGCAAUUUUUAAAACAUGUUUUAGAUCCAAAUCUUUUCAGAACUCUGGUAAACAGUGUUUUAGGCAUCAAGCAGUGAAUUUAUAAUCAUAACUGAACAUAUACAAUAAUUCCACUGUCUGCAUACAGAAGAGCUGCUGUAAUGUGUUUGGCUAUAAUGCUAAAUAAAUAUUGUUUUAUUUAAUUAAGAAUAAUGCACCUCAGUAAACAUUUAAAAGCUGUAAAUGUCUGUUACAGAAUUUGUAGUUGUUGCUACAGGUGAACCAAUAAUCAGUAUAAAAUAAUCCACACACUGAUUAUCCAAUUAUCCAACAGCAGAGCUGUACUGUAUUAUAACACAGUUAUUACUGAUUUAUAGAUCAGUACAUUAACAGAAAUAGAUAUUAGUUUUUAUACUCUUCCUAUUUAAGCAGUUUGAAUAUUUAAUCACUGUACAGAGAUGAUAUACAAUACACUGUAUAAACUAUAUUUAUAUUUUUAUAUAUGCAGAUGAACUCCAGUGAAUAUACAGAUUAUUAGUUUUAUUAUUUUUCUGGCAGUAUUUUUUCUUUUCUGAUGACUCCAGUGUUGGAGAGUUAAAUAUGUAAAUGUUUGACCGUUUCAUUCGUUUAUCACCGUGUACAGUAACUCCAUAUGCACAUGUAAUGUGCUCCACUCUGUUCGUUUUAUCACACUUUAACAAUUUAUAAUGUUUUUAUUUAUAAUAUAAACUGCAUCAGUUAGUAUUUGUCAUUCACAUUAUUUAUGCACUUUAAUUUGGUGUAAAAAAAGUGGGCGGAGUUACUCAGCUGGCCAAAAUGUAUAGGGCCAAAUCAUUAAAACAUCUUUAUUCACUAAUAUUUUGUCUUUAUUACGCAAAAAUCUUGUAUAAAAUUUUUUUGAAGUUUUGUCUUUUCUCCAUUAUGUGAAUCAGGCAGUUGUUGUUUAUAUUGUUUCAGAAUUUGAUGAUAAAUUGGCCAAUAAAAAUGUGUCAAAAUGACUUUAUGAAUGAAAUUAAAAGUUUUUACAUUGACUUAAAUUAGAUUUUUCCAAAAAUUUGGUGUUGCAGCAACAAUAUGAUAGUUAAAGUUAUAUAUCAUCACUGUCCAAAAAAAACAAACAGCAAAUAAGAAGAGAAAAAAAAUAAGUUUUUUAUAAUUAGACUGUGUGAAUUUUUAUUGAUGAUUAAACAAAAAUAAAUGGCCAAUUUAA